AGCCAACCAUGGGGAGAAGAAAUGUCUCCAUUUCCUGGAUUCUGGUGGCAACAUUUCAGAUUCCCUGUGGGUUGGUGCAUGUGCAGCUUUGUGAAACCCCUGCCCUGAAGAGGAAGUUAUCUACAGCAAAAAGCAAACGUGGAGGGGAGUAGAAGGGGGACAAAUCUGUUGCAGGAGAUUUUGUCUGCUGGCUGCCAGAACAGCAGCUGUAAGCCUGAUCAAAAGAAGGCAGAGCAUUUUCAUAGCAGACAGUCUGCCAAGAUGAUUGGAAAAAAUGCUUUUAAAAAAUCCCUGCUGUUAAAUGAGUAUUCCUAUGUGAAAUUAAACGCAAAUGACCAAAAAUGCAUCAAAGCGUUCCAGUUCAUACGAGUGAUUUCAAUAGUUGGGUUUGUUGUCCUGAUGGCUAUUUACAUCAUAAAACCAGUCAACAUAGAUUUUCCAAAGGACAAAGAAACCAUUAUCAGCAGUUACCAGCAGAUGAAGGAGCAAGGACUUUUUGAAGAGAUCUUGGAAGACAAGAUGAUUAAUGAAGACAAUGUCAAUAGAUGUAAUGAUUCAUGCAAUUUUGAACUUGUGGAAAGUAUUCCUUAUGACAUGCCUUAUGAGACAAAUAGCACCACUGUGAAACCCUUGUACCAAGCAUGGAUGGGUCUCCUCAACAUGGCACAGGAAAGAAUUCAUGUGGCUUCUUACUACUGGUCUCUCACAGGAGAAGAUAUACAUGUAAAUGACUCAUCUUCUGAAGAGGGUGAAGAUAUUCUGAAGAAGUUUGAAAGUUUACUUAUGGAAAAUGUCUCAGUGUAUAUUGCAACAAGCCUGCCAACUUUAGCUGUAAAUUCAACUGAUCUUAAGGUUUUGAAGAAAAAAGGGGCUCAUGUAAGAAGGGUCAAUUUUGGACAUUUGACAAAAGGUGUGCUGCAUUCCAAAUUCUGGAUUGUAGACAUGAAACACAUGUAUAUUGGCAGUGCAAAUAUGGACUGGAGGUCAUUUUCUCAGGUGAAAGAAGUUGGCACAGUGAUAUACAACUGCAGCUGCUUAGCCAAUGAUCUGUGGAAAACGUUCAGAACAUACUGGGAUCUUGGGCAUGCUAAUGCCACCGUUCCCUUUCCAUGGCCGAGCAAUUACUCCACCAAAAUUAACAAGUAUAGGCCUCUGGACCUGCAGUUUAAUGGAACCUUGACAACAGCCUAUUUUUCUGCCUCUCCUCCUGCAUUUUGUCCAAAGGGUCGUACUCACGACCUCAUUUCUAUUAUUGACGUUAUAAAUGAUGCAGAAGAAUAUGUGUAUAUCUCAGUCAUGGAGUAUUUUCCUACAACUCGCUUCAGACACCCAGCAAAAUACUGGCCAGACAUUGACAAUGCUCUGAGACGUGUGGCAUUCAACCGUAAUGUACAAAUCAGGCUUUUGAUCAGCUGCUGGCUCCACACUGACCCGUCCAUGUUCCAUUAUUUGCAGUCACUUCAUGCUCUCAGUGAUCCACAUACUAACAUCACCAUCGAUGUGAAAAUUUUCAUUGUUCCAGUUCUGAAUCACACAAACAUCCCUUUCGGAAGAGUGAACCACAACAAAUAUAUGGUCACUGAUAAAGUGGCGUAUAUUGGGACUUCCAAUUGGUCAAAAGAUUACUUUAGUAAUACAGCUGGAGUUGGGCUGAUUGUCAACCAGACUUCAACAGAUCCUCAAAGAAAGAAGCUAGUUAUACAGGAACAAUUAAAAAAUCUUUUUGAACGAGACUGGAAUUCCAAAUAUUCAGUAAAUAUGGAAGAUCUACAUGGGCAGAAAGACUGUGCCUGGGAAGAGGGAUUAAGUUACUUAUAAAGUUCAACAUUUUUCUUUCUAUUUGAAAUGUAAUAGACACAAAAUACAUAGUUUA